AUGAAUCUUCUUCCAAUUUUUGCCGCAGCCGCGGCCCUUCCGGCCCUGGCAGCCGCUUCAUCCAAACUCCCCAUCAUCGAGACCACCGGUGGUCGUGUCUUGGGUGCUGAAUCACCUUUUCGUGAGAAUGUGACUGUUUAUAAGGGCAUCCCUUUCGCCGCUCCACCUACUGGAAAGAACCGCUGGACGCCUCCUAAAUCCGCAACACCUUGGAGUGAUGUUUUGAACGCAACCAGUUUCAGUCCUUCUUGUGCCCAGAGUUCUGGCUCUGCUUCUGUCCUGGCCAGCGGUAAAAGUCUGACCAGCGAGGACUGCCUGUACCUGAACAUCUGGACUCCCACCUACAAGACCAAGGCCGAAAUUGCAGAGGCGAACCUGCCGGUGUUUUUGUGGAUCUACGGUGGACGCUUCGUUGGUGGUUCCGGCGAUGUCAUCACCUACGACGGGACUGGUCUCGCUUCUAAAGACAUCAUUGUUGUUACUAUUAACUACCGUCUUGGCCCCUUUGGUUACCUCGCUCACCCUGAGCUUUCCGCCGUUUCUGGCCACAACAGCUCUGGCAACUACGGAAUUCUUGACCAGCAGUUUGCUCUGAGAUGGGUGGUAGACAACAUUGCCCAGUUUGGUGGAAACAGCAGUCAAAUUACCGUUGGUGGUCAGUCUGCUGGAUCUGCUAGUGCUUUGGAUGUUAUGUGGAGUCCUCUUGUCAAUGGGCUUGCUCAGGGUGUUAUUGCUGAGAGCGGUGCUCGUGGACCCCACGAUCCUGUUACUGGUAGUGCUGCUACGAGCUACCGUACUAAGUGCGCUGCUGAACGCCAAGGUGUCCGAUUCCUCAAGACCAUGAACGUUACCUCAAUUGAUGAACUGCGUAACGUUUCAAUGGAGGCUCUUCUUGAGUAUGACAGUCUUGAUGAUACUACUUUUGCGAACACCCAGUUCGAAAACCUUACAAGUGGCGCGUUUAUGGAGCCUCCUAUGUGGCGUCCUAACAUUGAUGGCUAUGUGCUCCGUCAUACAUACGGACAAGCUCUUCGCCUCAAUGCCCACGCUGAUAUCCCAAUUCUCACCGGUAACAACAAGGAUGAAUCUGGCGCCGAGACCGACCCUGGCCUUACCCUGGAAUCUUUCCGUACUUUGUAUGGAGGCAUGUUUGGUGACGAAUUCAAGGAUGAAUUUUUCAAGCUCUACCCUGCAUCCAAUACCAGCGAAGCAAACCAGAUGAGCAAUGAGCUAUUCCGUGAUCUUAGCCGUGUUGGAACCUGGAACUGGGCUGUGGACUGGAAGAAUGGUGGCGCUAAGAGCGAUGUCUAUUCUUACUACUUCGACCAUUACCCCGCUGAAGAUAAGUCCGAGGGUGCCUACCACGGAUCAGAGCUGUGGUAUACCUUCAACAACAUCCCUUACGCCGACUACUCCAGUGCCAACUGGACCCAGAAGGACAUUGAAGUUGAAUACCACAUGUCGAACUACUGGGCCAAUUUCAUCCGCACUGGUAACCCCAAUGAGGGCAGCGAGGCUGGUGUGAACCUACCCUAUUUCCCUCCCACUGUUGAGGAAAAGAAGAAGUGCAUGUGGUUGGGUAACUCUUGGGGCAAUGGCCCUCUUAGUGCAACUGAGGCGCGCAUUGAGUUCAUCAAGCGAUGGGAAGCUACUCUGCAGGAAUGGUGA